AUGAAUUUGCAACAGGUUGGGCAGCCUAAAUCUUCUAAUGGAUAUGGUCGUCGGAAAUCUGAAAAAGAUGGGGCAUCCAAAUCGGAUAAUAAGAUUCCCCUUGGAAAAUCAAAUGCUGGCAGAUUAGCGAGUACAGGUGCAGUGGCAAGUAGUAAAGGUGGUAGUUAUGAGAGUCCUUCACGUGAUCGACUGGUAUAUUUGACAGCAUGCCUUAUUGGGCAACAGGUGGAAGUCCAGGUGAAAAAUGGAUCUAUAUACUCUGGAAUAUUUCAUGCUACAAAUACUGAGAAAGAUUUUGGAAUCAUUUUGAAAAUGGCUUGCUUGACAAAGGAUGGGUCUUCGCAAGGGCAGAGCUCCGGUGCUGAAUUUGUCAGCAAAGCUCCUUCAAAAACUUUAAUUAUACCUGGAAAAGAACUUGUACAAGUUAUAGCAAAGGAUGUUGCUGUUUCUACAGGGAGAGAGUUACAGCGAUGGGUACCUGAUGAAGAUGUUCCACAAUGCCCUGAACUUGACAAUAUCUUUGACGGCUCUUGGAAUAGUUCUAGGGGCUGGGAUCAGUUUGAAACAAAUAAAAUGUUGUUUGGUGUAAAAAGCACAUUUGAUGAGGAACUCUAUACUACAAAGCUUGAAAAAGGGCCUCGGAUGAGAGAAUUGGAGAUGCAAGCACUAAGAAUAGCAAGAGAAAUUGAGGGUGAGGAAACCCAAGAUAUUCAUCUAGCAGAGGAAAGAGGCCUUUACUCUGAUGACUUUGACAUUGAUGAAGAGACCAGAUUCUCUUCCGUGUAUAGGGUCAUAAAGAGACCAGGAAAGGUAAGUGGUGGGAAGGGCAAAAGUGGAGCUCAAACAUGGUCAAAUUUCUCCACUAUGUCAUCUCAGUCAAAGACUGGUGGAGAUAUCCACUCUGGUUCUUAUGAUCAUGCUAAGCAGUUAUCAUCUGAACUCUCUGGUCAAAGUUACUCAUUUUCAGAUUUGGAAAGCAGAUUUGUCCUCAAAUCUGAGCUUGUGACGCAAACAACUGCUGAAGAACCCAGUCAAACAAAUGAACUGUAG